AUGCUGGAUGCGAUAAUCUUUGGUAUAUGGGACUCUACUGUUGGAGUUGCAGUAUUUAUAAAUGACAACUUUCUCUGUAAUGAUUUACAGAUGAGAUGUGAGUGUGCUUUGACAAUGUUUGCCAAUCUGAGGUUUAUCUUCCUGCAAGUGUUACAGAGGAAAUGAUUGUGGUGACGUGUGAGAUACAGUAAGUGGUAUUUGUGUUGCUCUGUCAGUGUGUUUGAGUGAAGUUUUCAAUUACAUGCAUAGAUUCCUUGCGCUCUGAUGUUUAUUUACAUUCAGCACAAGUCUUAAACUUUUAUUUUCAUAUGAUUAACUUAAAAACUACAUUUAACAGCUAGACUUUUCCACAAAAUGAAGGAGCACUGUAAAUUACUAUCCAGAUCUCAAAGCAUUCACAUCAGUUUAUUCAAAUGCAAAUGCAGAGUUUGUGGAUCAGCGUGACUGGAAAUGGGAUUCAACUCUUUCUUUGUUGUUCUCUGCAAAGCCUUUGCGUUCCCAUGGGUACGAGGAACUACACGUCUGACGGUCCUCUUUUCAUGGGGUUCCCUGAUUACAGUCGAGUGUGUAAACUGUGGCAUGUGCCUGGGAUUAGGACAUUUCAUUGAGGAUUUGAGCAGCACCCUGAUGUUUAUAUGCUCCCGAGGAGAACUUCAUGGCCUGAUCUUCAACAGCACUGCAGUUCGCCGGGACGUGUUCAGUCUGUCGCCGAAAGAUGUUCCAGUUCAUCCGGAAACAGAUUCAUGAUCACCUCGUGGAGCGGAAAAUUAGGAAAACACGUCUCGUUACGAAGGACGGCCACUGCAACAUUAAAUUUGGGACUAAUGAACAUCACAACCAUUUUGCUUUCCUUCUGGACUUCUGGACUACGUUUGUCGAGAUUCGCUGGUGUUUCGUGAUCGUUUUAUUUGCGGCUGCCUUCACGGGAAGCUGGUUCGUUUUUGGAUUGUUUUGGUAUUUGCUGGCGAAAAGUAAUGGAGACUUGGAGGUUCUCCAGAACUCGUCUGGAUCUCAGCAGAUGAAGUGUAUAGAGAACAUUCACAGCCUCACGACCGCCUUCUUGUACUCUUUAGAGACCCAGACGACGAUCGGCUACGGCGGCCGGGCUCUCACGGGUCACUGCCCGGGCACGGUCGCCCUGUUGAUCAUCCAGUCCCUCAUGGGCGCCAUCAUAAACUGCUUCAUGUGUGGACUCAUUUUGGCAAAGAUCUCUCUCCCGAAGAGACGAGCAAAGACGGUGACCUUCAGCGAAACGGCAGUCAUUUGUCUCUGGAAGGGGAAACUGUGCCUCCAGAUACGAGUGGCCAACCUACGCAAAACUCUUCUGAUCGGCAGCCACAUUUAUGGAAAGCUUCUGCAGACCACCAUCACCCCGGAGGGGGAGACCAUCAUCCUGGAUCAGGUGAAUAUUGACUUUUUGGUGGAUGCGGGGAAGGACAAUCUGUUCUUCGUUUGCCCGCUUACUCUGUACCACGUGAUCGACAAAUCCAGCCCGUUUUCCGAGAUGGCCACGGACACUCUUCAGCAGCAGGACUUUGAGUUAGUGGUGUUCCUGGAGGGAACGGCCGAAUCCACCAGCUUGUCCUGUCAGGUGCGGACGUCCUACCUCCCGCGCGAGAUCAAGUGGGGCUACAGCUUCCUGCCCGUCAUCUCGCGCACCAAGGAUGGGAAAUACCGCGUCGACCUGUCCAACUUCUCCAAAACGGAAGCGGCGGCGACUCCGCACUGCGCCGGCUGUUUCCACAAGGAACAUCACAAGGAGCUUAUCCUCCAAAGACACGGACGUGAAGGCAUCGAUAACAUGGGAUUUGAUGUCAUUGACCUUCAAGAGUCUGUUGAUGUAACUGAGACGGGUGAUUAACGGUUCGCCUCGAGAAUCAAGGAAACAUCCUGGGAAAGUUAGAAGACACAUACAAGAGAGAGUGGAAGAGAAACUAGACAGACUUUUAAGGUAUUAUAUGCGUUUCUGACAAUAAUGUUGCUAACCUUGUUUUGAUUACAUUGUAAUAAAGCUUUAUUUCACUAUAUUAGUGACAACAUUGCAUUGACUUCCACUGAUUUUAUAUAAGGUUAAUGAUAUUGCCUAACCCGAUACCGGCCUACACAGUCUGUUUGUGGUCAGUGUUUUUGAAAGAGGCUUUUUAUGUUCAGUAGGGUAAGAUGUUUUUAUUUGAUCAAAAAUACAGUAUUAUUGUAAUAUAUUACCAUUUAAAUAACCCAUUUUUUAAUUCUCAUCCUCUCCUUGCAUUUUGUAACAAUUCCUUCCCUCGCAGGUCAAAAUGACCCGUAGCCCUAAAUUAUACUUUUUUUCCCCCCUUUUUUUCAGAAAGCUUAUAUCAUUUCAUUUUUAU